GGAGCUGCUGAGUGCCACCAUGUUCCAGGGCGCUGAGGCCGAGCCGGCCAAGCCUAGCUCCAGGGUAUUGAAACCCCCAGGGGGAGAUUCUAGUAAUCUCUUUGGGAGUACAGAAGAAGUGUCUUCUUCAAGCAGGCCACACCGGAUGGCAUCCAAUAUCUUUGGAGCAUCAGAAAAACCUCAGAACAUUCCAAAAAGAACAAACCCUCCAGGAGGAAAAGAAAGUGGCAUUUUUGAGGACUCCAGUUCUGCUCAGCCUCGUCCACGCUUGAAUCCACCUGGUGGGAAGACAAGCGACAUCUUUGGGUCUCCUGUCUCUCCUAGCAUUGUGCGAGCACACCCGAACAAGCCCAAGGAUCACAUUGUCUUAAAAGAAGAGGAAAUACCAAAGAAGCUAGAAGCUACAGAAAAUACCAAACCACACCUGGAAGACGGAGGCGAGAAAAAAGCUCUGGGCAAAGAGGAGCAAUGCAAGGAGCCAGAACCCAAGAUGGACAAUCAUGAGCCCCGACUAGGACCAAGGCCACGCUCACACAACAAAGUCCUCAAUCCACCAGGGGGGAAAUCCAGCAUUGCAUUCUAUUAGGGUCAUCAUGUCACUGUCCCUAAUGGAGAAGCUCUUGUCUGUGGCGGUGAGGUCAGUUAAUACACUAUUGCUUGUGAAUAGAUUCUUAGGCAGAUGAAUGAGGGUCAUGUUAGAGUACGUAGGAAGGAUAAUCUGGAGAUUUGGGAGGAAAGGCUGGGGAGGGAAUGGGUGCUUUGUGGGAGAUGUGAGUACUGGCCUGCCUGGGUGGGUGGCAGAGCCAGACAUUAGUGUAACUUUGUGAAAAAUUAGUGCUACUUAGUGGUGAGUUCCUCAGACUGUUAGGUAAGAACAUAACUAGCUAGCUUGUGCCUCAGGACGCUCUUGUAGAAUCAGGCUUCCGUAGAGUCAACACGUCAAACAUGGUGAAUGGGAAGGGGCCUGAAGGUCGCAUUUGAAGAUUCUGGAGUACAGCAGGUAGGCUGGGCUUUCCCCUGGGCAAUGGGAUGCAGCAUGAGCUGACUUGCAGUCAUGUGACUGUAAAUGUGUUCCGCUGGAACAAGUAGUGCUGACAUGGUUCAGAGUGUCUUCAGUUAUUGCUUCUUUUUCUCCUUUCUUGCUUGCAGCACAUGAUUGCUGAUUCAAGGACAAAAUAUGUUGAAAGUUUCUUUUAUACUCCUAAACAAUCAUAUAUUUGUAAGGAUUGUGGUCUUCCCCUGCCUAAGUAUUCAGGUCUUUUGAAUGCUUUUAGUAAUUUGCUGAUUACUGUAACUAGUUCUUCACAUGUGGCAGUCCAACUUGGUGUUUCGUGUAGGUGCUUCCAGUUGAGUGCUUGUAUGUUUUCUGGUAAAAAUGUGGAUGCAAACAAUAGCUUUAUGGUACUCUUUGAACAGAGGCAACUUGGAAGUUUACCAUGGAGCAUAUGCUGAGGUGUCAGCCAGGUCUCUCUGACCCAGCCUUUGUAGAAAGGGCUUUCACAGGUUUUCACUUGGCUCCCUGUGGAAACCAGGACAGUUCUCCUGUCUCCACCACAGUGAAUUUCCUGUUGGUUUUGCCUGUGCUGAGUCUGUUAGUGAAUUCUUCUGUCUUGCAUCAGCCUUAUCUUUGCCUUUGACUGUCUCAGAUUUUUGUUGGGAAAACUAUGUGAGUUCUCCCCAACUAUGUGAGUUGUAGUUGAUUUUGAUGUAGAUUACCUUAGUUGGAAAAUCAAAGCCAGCACAAACAGAAGGUUUGUAUUACUAAAAUCUGUCAUAAAUCAUGUUUGGAAGAUGUGCAUGUUUUGCACAGAUGUUUUUGGGGGAGGAUUUGUUCUCUGAAUGGAUUUUAUUAUCAUAUCCAGAGCUUUGAUAUAUGAAUGUUAUCUCUAGGUGCUUUCUGUUAAAUAUAUUGAAUACUGAUCUUUUAAAUCUGACAUAUCAAAACAGGCAUUGUUCAGGUACACCAAAGAACAAGUGGCCUUAUUGUGUAUAUCCACUGCUGUUCUAGCCCACAUUCCCUGAGAACUGCUGCCAUUGAGAUGGGAUGCUGGGCCUGGUGCUAAACCUUUCUGUGAUUGUAAUGCUUCCUAGGCUGCUCAGCUCCCUUGUGUCAGCAGCUGUGGGUGACUGUUUUAAGACUUAGCUGCCUUUUCAAAUAGUGAAACAUAGGGGCAGUGCUGGGAUAGAAACAGCCAUGGCAAGUAGGGAUUCAAAUGCCUUUGUACCUUUCAGAUUGGUUUGGAGCUGCCUGUUAAUUUUCCCCCAGGAAAACAAGGCAGUAGUUCAAACUGCAGCCCUGGAAUGAACUUAUGUUACUUCCCAAUAUCUAUUUCUUAGCCCCUCCUCCUGAGUCUGUGCUCUCCAGCCUCUGUCUGAGUCUCAGACACAUUAGCCAUUUCAGUUCCUUGUUCCAGUACUUGACAGGAAGCUGUCACAUAGAAAAGCAACCAGAGGCUGCUUCCUACACCAGAGCAAACUGGUGUAGGAAAUAUUUAGUACCUAAUGUGCAUUGGCUUCAGUGCCUGUCCUUUAAAGAGCAAAUUUUAACUAGGCCUUAAAUUAGUUAAACUAUGUUAAAUUUCUUGUAUUUCUUUCUUUGAAAUGGAAACAAUGUUUUCAGUUCUUCAUGUAAGAUUGAUCUGAGCAUUUCUCUGGGACAGAAGGGGAUUGGAAAUCAAAUGACAGAACGUGCAGUUACCAAUAAACAAGUAUUUUGUUACUUUAUUGUGUGCUACAGAUGCCUGCUUUUAUAAAUUGGUCAGUACUGUAUUUCACUAUAGAUGCACUGGUGAAUUUUAUGGUCUGAAAUGGGAAAAAUUGCAUGUAUGUUUUCAGGCCUUCUGUACAUGGGACUGUGCUCAGGAGCUGUGACAUCCAGCCCAAGGCUGCCCAUGAGACAGACACCUCUUAUCCCUGGGGAGGGGGGUAGUACAGUAGCAAGAGCUCAGCUUAAUGCCUUUUUGUGGGCAUCAUUCCAUGAUGUUCUGUUCCAUGCUGGGCUUCUGUUAUGUUCUUCAGCAAUAUUGUAAAUAGAAUAAAUAUUCAAAUAUUUUAAAUAGUUAAGGCUAUUUGUAGAAAAACAUAGUAAUUCCCCUUGAGCGAGGGAUAUUCUUUAUGUGGAGAAGUCAUACCCUCACUUGUGUGUUUCUAGUGAGUGCAUAAAACACCCUUCAUGUGCCAGACUGCCUUGGCUGACAGAGGAGGGAACUUCAGCUACUGAUAUUGUAAUUCUGGGUGAGCUGGACACAGUGGCCUCUCUGCCGGGAUGUUGUGUCUGUGGCAUUCAUCCCUGAACUUCCAGGCUGUGAUGCUCUCACAGCCUCUGGGCCAGCCCUCACUCCUGCAGUGACUUCUGUGUUUGGCCAUUUACAGUUCAGAACUCUCCUCUGAAGCAUGUACAGUUUGGGUGGGUAUUGGUAUUUUUACCAGUAUUG